AUGGAUUCUCAAGAUUCUAGCUCAAGUCUUCAAAGAAAUAUGUAUACUGAUGAAAGCGACAAUGAAAAUAAUAAUGAUACAUCCUCUAUUACAAAUACAACAACUAAUACUAAGAAAAAAAGAAACAAAAGUAAAACAAGCUUUGUGUGGAAAUACUUCGAUGUAAUUGGAGAUAAAGACGUUUGUAAAGUUAUAGUAAAAAAAAAAUGUGAAGACAAAAAAUGUGGAAGUGAAUAUAUUUAUAACGGUUCAACAUCGAAUAUGAUUGCUCAUCUAAGAUCAUCGCAUAAUAUUGUGGAUAGCAAAAAACUAAAAUCCGAAACACAAAUACCAAAAG